AUGGAGGUUUAUGUCAACGACAUGCUCGUCAAGAGUAUUAAGGCGUCUGAUCAUAUAAUAGAUCUCGGAGAGACCUUCUCCAUCCUCCGAGAAUACCGUAUGAAGUUGAAUCCCGCGAAGUGUGCCUUUGGAGUCGGCUCCAGCAAAUUCCUCGGGUUUCAGCAAUUGAAGGGUCAUAAGAAGGCCAAGUGGACAUCGAAAUAUGAGCAAGCCUUCCAUCAAUUGAAGCAGUAUUUGGGCUCGCUGCCCCUACUAUACAAGCCUGAAGAAGGCGAGUCCUUGUUCCCGUACCUGGCGAUUUCGAACUCAGCUGUCAGCUCUGCACUGAUCAGAGAGGUGGGGGGCAAGCAGCGCCCUGUGUAUUUUGUGAGUAAAGCAAUGGUACCUUCCGAGACGAGGUACCCGCCUCUAGAGAAGUUGGCACUCUACUUGAUUGUUUCGGCUCGGAGGUUACCCUCGUACUUCCAGGCCCACUCCAUCAUUGUCUUGACCGACUCUCCCCUUAAGCAAGUGCUCCAAAGACUUGAGGUGUCAGGUCGGAUAACUAAGUGGGUGAUUGAACUUGGGGAGUUCGAUAUUCAGUUCCGUCCGAGGACCGCAAUUAAAGGCCAAACAGUGGCAGAUUUCAUUGCAGAAUUUACUGCCCCAAAUGUAGAGGGGACGAGCACCGAAGUAGAAGCAGCUCCUUCGCUCGCUCCUCUAACUAAACAAGAUACAGAGUCAGAACCGAGGUGGAUCCUCUUUGUGGAUGGAUCGUCCAAUGCCAAGUGUGCUGGAGCAGGGAUAGUCCUAGUCACCCCUAACUCCAUACCUAUCCAAUACACAAUCAGAUUAGGCUUCAAGGCCUCUAACAAUGAGGUGGAAUACGAAGCCUUAUCGACUGGGCUCAGACUGGCGGCCACUCUAGGGGUUCAGUCCCUCGAGGUGCGAUGUGACUCUCAGUUGGUGGUGAAUCACAUCUCCACCGAAUAUGAGGCCAAGGAGACCAGGAUGGUAGCUUAUCUGGCUGAGGUCAGAAAGUUGAUAGAGAAGUUUCGAAGAUGCACUACCAAUCAAAUGCCGAGAACAGAGAAUUCCUGGGCCGACGCCCUCGCAAAGUUAGCCUCGGCCACGGAGGGAAAGAUUCCUCGAGUCAUCCCUAUAGAGUUCAUAAAGCAUCCUAGCAUUGACCAAACGGAGCAAGAGGCAGUCAACCCAGUUAAUGUCAUACCAAGCUGGAUGGACCCGAUUUAUAAUUACCUCACAUUUGGUGAGGUCCCCUCGGACAGGUUAGAGGCAAGGCGUCUGAGGGUCAUAGCUGUACGGUCAAUAGUCCUAAAUGGGAUCUUAUACAAGAAAGGGCAUUCACAGCCCUACCUCAGGUGUCUCCGACCCGAUGAAGCUGAUUACGUAAUUCAGGAGAUUCACAAAGGUAUCUGUGGAAAUCACUCUGGUGGUCGGGCACUGGCUCUGAAGAUACUGCGUCAAGGAUACUUCUAA